AUAUAUUUCCUUAUCAGAACCCUACUUACGUUCCCGCCUUACUUCGAUUGACCACUACUCCCAGACAGUGAACAGACGGUGGAGGACGACGAAGUUCACACACAUAGGCGACAUAGCAAUAUUGAAUCAUGUGCGGCCGUUGUCGAUGUUCUCUCCGGCCAGACGAUAUCCCUCGCUCUUGCAAUCUCGGUAACCGCCCCGUCCGUUUCGUCGAUACAGACCGGUAUCGUCCGGCAUAUAAUGUUUCUCCUGGAUCAAACUUGCCUGUCGUUCGAAGAGCCCUGGGAGCAGAUGGUGAAGAAGUUGUUGUGCAGUGUAUGAAAUGGGGGCUUAUUCCAAGUUUCACUAAGAAGACUGAAAAACCUGACUAUUACAGGAUGUUCAAUGCUCGAUCGGAGUCAAUAGGUGAAAAAGCUUCCUUCCGCCGUCUUGUUCCUGCAAAUAGGUGUCUGGUUGUAGUGGAAGGAUUUUACGAGUGGAAGAAAGAUGGGUCGAAAAAGCAGCCGUACUAUAUUUAUCUGAAGGAUGAACGCCCCCUUGUAUUUGCUGCUCUGUAUGAUUCUUGGAAAAACUCUGAAGGGGAGAUUCAAUACACCUUCACUAUUUUGACUACAAGUUCUUCGUCAGCCCUUGGUUGGCUGCAUGACAGGAUGCCUGUUAUAUUAGGGAAUAAGGGAUCGACUGAUGAAUGGUUAGAUGGACAUUCGUCUUCCAAGUUUGAUUCAUUACUUAAGCCAUAUGAGGAGCUAGACUUGGUUUGGUACCCCGUGACACCUGCAAUGGGCAAGCCUUCUUUUGAUGGACCAGAGUGUAUCAAGGAGAUUCAAAUAAAGACCAACGAAACAAAACCAAUCUCAAUGUUCUUUGCAAAGAGCACUAAAACGGAAAAUCAAUCAGAGCCUUACAUUAUAACUGCACAUAAAAAGCCUGCCAUAACUGAAAAGCCACAAAGCCUAAAAGAGGAACCUGCCACUGUAGACUGCAUCGACCACCAAUCACAUUCGGACAAAGUUUGUGAUGAAUCAAAGUCUAAUGUCUCCACACCAACUUCUGUUUCCGACACUUCGCAUCUCAAGCGUGAGUAUGAUGAGUAUAGAAAACCAUCCGUUGAUGAAGCUGACAAGCAGUAUCCAAGCCCAGCUAAAAGGAAGGCCAUAAAGAGUGCUGGUGAUAAACAGAAAACACUAUUCUCUUAUUUUGGCAAAGGUUAGUCCUUACUUUUAGCAGAUAGUGUAAAUAGACUCGUAUUAGAGAGUGGAUUUUUGCCAUCCUUUUGUUGUAGCAAUUAACUCUUAUCGCUCUAGCUUAACUAAGGAUACCAUCGUCAGAUGUAACCGCUGUUUUGUUUAUACUUUAUGUGAGAUAUGUG